AUGCCUCCAAAGCUUUACAUUCCAAAACCUACACCUCCUCCUCAGAAAGAGGUUGUUGAAGAAGAUUCGGAUCGUAUGGAAGAUGAUGGAGAAGAAUUUGAUGAUCAUGAGCAGCAGCAACAUCAUCAAGAAUCGGAAGUGUAUACAGAUGAGGAGGAAAAUUAUUAUGAUGAAUUAUUUGAUAAAUCACGUCGUCAUGGUGGGAGAAUGAUGGAUGACGAUGAAGAGGAUGAACCAAAUUUUGCAUCAAGUACACAAUCAAGCUUGUCAACUUUUAAACCAAUUUCUUUUAUCACGAAAAAGGAUAAUCAAAGCGUUACAGUAAUGAGUGACGAAAAGGAUGAGGAGGAAAUUAUUAUAGAGGAUGAACAAUUAAUUGAUCAAACUAUGGGAAUGACUCCUGAACAACCUAAAGUGGAACAACCAAAAUUUGUAAUUUUACAAGCCAAAAAGAAAGUACAACAGGAAACUGUAGAAAAGGAAAUUGAAUCAACAAAAGUCAAGGAAAAACCAACAGUUAAAAAGGAUGAGGAUUUUGGUUCAUUCAUUGGAGGAAAAGUUGGUUCAAAUGUAUUGAGAAUGAUGUAUAAAAUGGGUUGGAAAGAGGAUAAAGGAUUGGGUCCUACGAAUAGCGGUAUUAUCAAUCCUAUCAAGGUUGUACAAACAUCUAGGAAUCAAGCUGUCAUCAUUAGCGAUGAACAUGUUCAAAAAACAAAUGUAAAGGAAGAGGAAUCUGAAAAGCAAAAUGAAGAAACAAUAGAUGAUAGGCCAAGAAGAAAUGAGUGGAAAAAGAAGAAAAAGAAGAAUCAAAAACCCAAGUUUAAAUCCAUCGAACAACUUCUCAAAGAAACACCUGUAACAUCUCAAGCCAACAAGUCAAUGGAAAUAAUUGACAUGACUGGUCCAACAGCUAGGGUAGUGUCUAAAUUAUCUGACAUACAGAAAGAAAAGGUAUCCAAUACCAUUCCAGAACUUCAAUACAAUGUAAAGGAAAUCAUAAGACAAACCGAAUCGUCAAUCAGGGAUGUUCAUGAAAAAAUUCAAAGAGAAAAGGAGAAUUUUGAUAGAUUGGAUAAACAGAGGCAACAAUAUGAAGAGAAAGCAAAGAUGGAGAAGAAGAAAAUUGAUGAAUUUCAAAAGGUCUUUUCAAUUCUUUCGGCUUGCAACCAAAAAUUCCAUGAAUCUAAAAUUUCACUCUCAGGAAUUCUUCAGGUUUUCACACAACUCAAACAAUUGCACAGUGAAAUUUUCGAAGAGUUUAACUUUUCAAAUUAUGGACUCUCUCUCAUUAGACCAAUUCUUUCAGAGAUUUUCAAAGAGUGGAAUCCUCUAAGUAUGCAAGAUCCUGAAAAAUAUGUAAAUAUCCUUCUUCCAUGGAGAAAUAUUUUGAAAAAGAAAAGACAAGGACUAACAAAUGAGGAAGAUUAUGAAAAGCUACUCCAAGACUUGUUAAUACCAUCCAUAAGGAAAUCCUUUUCAAAAUGGAAUCCUAUUGAUGAGUGCGAUAAGGGAUUAAACUUUUUUGAAACAUUUGCUGACAAAGUUUGUACAGAAGCUAUGAAAAUAUACCUAACAGAGAGAUUACUGAUACCUCGACUAAAGUCAUGCGUGCAAGGUGAAUGGAACCCUAAAACAGAUAACAUUCCCGUUCACUCAUGGAUUCAACCUUGGUUUAUUUACAUACCAAUCAAACAAUUCGAAACGUAUGGUAUAUUUAAUUUGAUUAAGAACAAGUUAGAUACACAAUUAUUAAGAAAUUGGAAUAAUAUUGAUGAUCAAUCAGCCUACCAGGCAUUGGAACCUUGGAAAGAUGUUUUCAAUGACUAUUACAAAUUCCUAGUCAAAACUAUUACUCCAACAAUAGUGGAAGCUGUAAAGAAAAUAUCUGUAAUUGUCACGACAGACUCUAUUUCAACAGAAACUAGGGAACAUUUAUCAAAUAUCAUUCAUUGGAAUAAUCUGAUACCAGAGUUUAUAGUUGCAAUAUUUGAAUCACAAUUCUUCAAUAGAUGGUGGAAAGUCUUGUAUUCGUGGCUUUGUGAUCCUGACUGUAUUCCAACCCAAGUUGACAAGUGGUACCAGAGAUGGAAAGAUGAAUUUGAUAGAUAUUUUGAAGAGGAUCAAAUCAUUCAAUUAUGUUUCAAGAGAGGAUUGGAUAUGAUCUAUCAGUCCAUGUCAAAUACUCCAAUUACUCCAGCUCAAAAGUUACCUCUUCCAUCGAUUGAAAUUGAAAACAAACAAGCAGCUUCCAAUUUGAAGCAAAAGACUACCACUCCUUCAGCCACUAAGAAACCAACAUCAAAAACAUUCAAAGAACUCAUCUCUGAUUUUGCAGAAGAACACGAUCUUCCUUUCCAAAUCAAAGUUGGUCAAUAUUUGGAUGGCAAACAACUCUAUAAUUUUGGUGGAAUUUCGACCUAUAUUGAAAAUGAAUGUCUGCACGCCAAAAUCAAUAAUGUUUGGAAACCUGUAACUCUCAAUGAGUUUUUGUCUCUAAUAAAGUAA